ACCGCGGAGUGGCGGGCGGCGCGCGCGCGCGUGCCCGAGAGGUGGCUGUUAGAGAAGUGGAGCGGCGGUCGCGGGGGGAGGAGGAGGAGGGACUGAGCGGCGGCGGCCCCCGCGUCCCGGUGCCUCUAUGGGGGAAGCAGACAAUGGAUUAUGAUUUCAAGGCGAAGCUGGCGGCGGAGCGGGAGCGGGUGGAGGAUUUGUUUGAGUAUGAAGGGUGCAAAGUGGGACGCGGCACCUACGGGCACGUCUACAAGGCGAGGCGGAAAGAUGGAAAAGAUGAAAAGGAAUAUGCGUUGAAGCAAAUCGAAGGCACAGGAAUAUCCAUGUCGGCUUGUAGAGAGAUUGCACUGUUGCGAGAAUUGAAGCACCCUAAUGUGAUCGCAUUGCAAAAGGUGUUCCUUUCUCACAGUGACAGGAAAGUGUGGCUGCUGUUUGAUUAUGCAGAACAUGACUUGUGGCAUAUUAUUAAGUUUCACCGUGCAUCAAAAGCAAAUAAAAAGCCCAUGCAGUUGCCAAGAUCUAUGGUUAAAUCAUUACUUUACCAGAUUCUUGAUGGUAUCCAUUAUCUCCAUGCAAAUUGGGUGCUUCACAGAGACCUGAAACCAGCAAAUAUCCUAGUAAUGGGAGAAGGUCCCGAGAGAGGGAGAGUCAAAAUAGGUAGGUAAUUACUCCUUAAAUAAUUUAUUAAGAAGCUGAAAUUCCUUCAAAGACGGUUUCCCUAUUUAAUACUCUUAUUUAAGAAGUUAAUUUUAAAAUUACUUCUGCACAUUAUUUUUAGAAAAGAUGUUGGAAAAUGUAGGUGUAUAGUCUAUAAAACCUCAACCCCUCCCCCGCAAUAAGAUCCUGUAAUUCUAAGUUGAAAAAUCACUGGGAAUUGACAAGGAAGCCCACGAAGACAUUCACUCCCAUACAGUGUCCCAAGCAUGUGUUUAUGUUACUUACUACCACUGUCCUGCAGAGUUACCCUAAACAUAAUCCCAUAAAUCUCAUUUUUUUUCCUUAACCUUACCAAAUGUCCUUUCCCUGAAUAUAUCCCCCUUGACUUAGAGACCCUCACAUGUUUUCCUCACUCCCCCACUCUUGGCCUGCAUAUCCUGUGCCAGGGACUGACAUUUUUUCC